AUGGCUAGUCAUACAUUUGCCAGGUUCACGGCACUUAUCGUGUCUGUAUUUGUGGCCUUGGUGGCUGGAACUCCAUACUUGUAUGGCAUCUAUGCUCCACAAUUAGUCCGUCGGGUGGGCCUUUCCACCUCCAAAGCAGCCUCCAUUUCAUUAGCUGUGACUGUUGGCACGGGAUGUGGUGGUCUUCCAGCUGGGCUUUUAAUUGACAACUUCGGUCCAAGUUUGCUGAUCAUCAUUGGUUCCUCAUGUAUUUUCCUGGGUUACUUCAUCUCCAACCGCAUAUACGCUCUCCAAAUCCCAAGUCUUCCAUUGAUCUGUAUCGCCAUGUGCUUGGUGGGUUUCGGAUCAGGAACUACAUUCUUUUCGUGCUUGAAAGCAGCGCAGGCCAACUUUCCUCAUCACAGAGGCUCUGCUAGCGCUAUGCCAAUAGGUGCAUACGGUCUUUCGGCUACAGUGUUCCUGUUGGUAGCAGCUACAUUCUUUGCCGACGACACAGGCCAAUUGCUUUUGUUCUUGUCGCUUGUUUGUGGAGCAGUGGCAUUUUGUGGAUCCUGGUUCAUUCAUGUCUACGAUCCAGAUGGUACUACUGUGGACGAAGAAUCCAACAGGCGCGAGCCACCAGAGCUUCACCGUCUGUCGUCGUUCUUGGGAAAGCUUGCUUUUUGGGGUCUCAACAAGUCGGACUCUAGCUUGAACUCAGAGCAGCGCCCUCUUUUACAGAAUCAGCCUAGCCCUCGGAAAGCACCGCUGAGAGCCCCAGUAACCACUUCGACAAUAUCAGCGGACACAGAACUAAUCAAAUCGUUGAAAAGGUUGGACUCCCCAAAAGACAUUGUCACUGCAUUGCUCACAAACAGAUUGUACCUCACCCACUUCCUCAUCUUAUCUUUAUGUAGUGGGAUGGGCCAAAUGUAUAUUUACACCGUGGGAUUUAUCGUACGGGCACAGUUCUUCUACGAUCCUGGUCUGUUCACAAGCCCCGCGUCCCUUCAAGCAUUGCAAGUGUCGGUGAUAUCAAUCUCGCAAUUCUUCGGCCGGAUAGCAGCUGGUAUGCUAUCUGAUAUUGUCAAGAAGAAACUCAAGGCUCAAAGGCAAUGGUUGGUCUUAGUAUCCAUCGUUUUCAUGACAGUUGCACAAACGUUGCUCAGUUAUACCAAUAGCGUGCACCUAUUGACAUUGGUAUCCGUCAUUAUGGGCAGUGCUUAUGGAAUGCUCAACGGAAACUAUCCCUCGAUCUUUGCAGAUACAUUCGGAACAAAGCAUUUUACUACAGCCUAUACUUUGGCUGGAUUUACGAUUCACACGCGAUGGAGAACGGCAAAUGCUAUCAAGGCAAAGAUUGUUAUAAAGGAGCAUUUCAAACUAGUAUACUUUUGA